AUGGGCAUCCCUAGCGACGAUGUGGUGGUCAUCCGGCAGCCGGAGAGCCCUGGCGAGCCCAGCGUGAUCACCAUCAGCUGCCCCGAUAAGACCGGCCUCGGCUGCGACCUCUGCCGUGUGAUCCUCUUCUUCGGAUUGAGCAUUGUGAGGGGAGAUGUGAGCACGGAUGGGAAGUGGUGUUAUAUAGUGUUUUGGGUGGUGGGGAGAGGGGAGGGGGCGACGAGGUGGGGGUUGCUGAAGAAGAGGCUACUGGGGGUGUGCCCGGCGGUGUUGUCAGCGUCAGGGCUGUAUAAUAGCUGCUACAGGCAGCAGGAGAUGAUGGCGGCACAGCAGCAGGCGCAGUUAUUUCUCCUGAAGUUCUCGUGCUAUGAUCGGAUGGGCCUCUUGCAUGAUGUGACCCUGGUACUUUGUGAGCUGGAGCUCACUAUAAGGAGGGUGAAGGUGUCGACCACCCCAGAUGGGAGAGUUGUGGACCUCUUCUUUAUCACGGACACCAGGGAACUUCUUCAUACAAAAGGUAGAAAGGAAGAGACGUGUGAACAAUUAAGAGCUGUUUUAGGGGACUCCAUGACAAAUUGUGAGAUUGAACUGGCCAGUGCAGAGAUUGCCUCACGUAUGCAAGCUUCACCUUCGGUUCCCCCUGCUAUUACAGAAGAAAUGCUUGCCUUGGAGAUCCCUGAACAAUCAUCCAGGGAAUCUCCUUUCUCAUCUAAUUAUCCUUCUGUCACAAUGGACAACUCCCUUAGCCCUGGUCAUACACUUAUUCAGAUCUUUUGCCGUGACCACAAGGGCCUGCUAUAUGACAUUAUGAGGACUCUUAAAGAUUAUAACAUCCAGAUAUCGUAUGGGCGGUUCCAUGCAGCCCAAAAUGGAAGCUGCGAGAGUGACUUGUUUGUGAUACAAAUGGAUGGGAAGAAGAUUAUCGACCCAAAUAAGCAGAAGGCAUUAUGUUUGCGCCUGAGAAUGGUGUUGUUCAGCCCACUCAGAGUAACUGUGGUGAGCCGUGGGCCUGAUACAGAGCUCCUAGUUGCAAAUCCUGUUGAACUAUCUGGCAAGGGCCGCCCUCUUGUUUUUCACGACAUCACCCUAGCCCUCAAAAUGCUCCGCAUCUGCAUAUUUUUGGCUGAGAUUGGGAGGCAUGUUGUUGGUGAUAGGGAGUGGGAAGUCUACAGAAUCCUCCUUGGUGAUGAUUAUGAAUUGUCUGCUUCGAAGAAUAAGAUUGUAGAUGGGGUCACUAAGAUGUUAAUGGGUUGGGAAUGAUGGGCAUCAACGCUCAUUUGCUUCCAACCUCUGACAAUUGCUAAAUCCCAGCAGGCUCUGUAGAUGGAGUGACUUGGAUGUUAAUUAGCUUAGAAAUGAUGGGCAUCAACACUCAUUUGCUUCCAAGCCGUUAGAAUUGCUAAAUCCCUGAAUGCGAAGGAGCUCUCUUUUUUAACUCAUUUUUUGUACAGCAUAUCUCAUGUAUUUUUCGAAAAAAUCAAAGUGUGAGCUCGCCCUUUUAUCUUGUGUAUAAAAAUAUCACAGAUACUUAGGUGGCUAAGUAGGUCGCUGCAGAUGAAAGAAGAAGAUAUAGGAACAAACAAAAAUUAUUGUCGGUAUAACUUUGUAAAAAUGUGGUAGAAAAGGAUAUAUUUGUCUGGUACCAACUUAAAGCAUAUUGUAACAAAUUUCGGAUGGGUAUGUGUGUCUAAUUAAAUAGUACCUUUUGUACUGCUUUGAAAUAGUUGUGCAUGUGAGAGUUUCUGGAGAGAAUAUUUAUUGAAGAUAA